GGGAAGAAGAUGCUCGGGCCAACAGCCUCCGCCAGCCCCGCCGCCGCUGCCGCCCGUGCCCGCCGCCCCCCGGGUCCCCACUAGCGGCCGCCUCCGCCUCCCACCUCCGGCCGCGCUCCUCCGGCCCCCCGCCCCGAACAGGGUCUGGGGGGCUCGGCCCUCCGUCCCAGGGUGCAAAGAAGGGGGUCCCGUCCCCCAAGUGGCGCAGCUAGUCCCCGGCAUCUGUGAUCUUGAGAGAGACCCCACCCCUCAGUUCUCUACGGGCCGUAUUGGAGACCCCCUCUGCUCCCCAUCCUGCUCACAUCCGCUCUCCAGCCUCUGUCAGCACCCCCUCCCCGAACCAGUUCCCUCCCCAACCCCUCCCCGGGGUUCCCCCUCCCCCACACCUCCGCCGCCGCCCCCUCCCCCCUCCCACAUCCCCUUCCCUCCCCUCCCCCGCCCCCCGCCCCCACUCCCCGCCCCCCCCGACCAUGAGGAUGAUGGCCGCCGGCGCGGUGCACGGCCUCUUCACGGCCUCCGCGGCCCCGCAGCCGCCGCCGCCCCCGCCGCCGCCGCCGCCGCCGCAACCCCAGCCUCCCCAGCAGCCGUCGCCGCCGCCACAGCAGCCGCCGCCGCCGCCGCCGCAGCCGCCGCAGCAGCAGCAGCCGCCGCCCCAGGCCCCCCCCAUGGAGCCCGAGGCCCCGGAUUCCCGUAAGAGGCCCCUCGAAACGCCCCCCGAGGUGGUCUGCACCAAGCGCAGCAACACGGGAGAGGAAGGCGAAUACUUCCUGAAGGUGCUGAUCCCCAGCUACGCAGCAGGCUCCAUCAUUGGCAAGGGCGGGCAGACCAUCGUGCAGCUGCAGAAGGAGACAGGAGCCACCAUCAAGCUCUCCAAGUCCAAAGACUUCUAUCCGGGAACCACAGAGCGAGUAUGCCUGGUACAGGGCACAGCAGAGGCCUUGAAUGCUGUGCACAGUUUUAUUGCUGAGAAGGUCCGAGAAAUCCCACAAGCGAUGACCAAGCCUGAAGUGGUCAACAUCCUUCAACCCCAAACCACAAUGAACCCUGACAGAGCCAAGCAGGCCAAGCUGAUCGUCCCCAACAGCACAGCAGGCCUGAUCAUCGGCAAGGGCGGCGCAACAGUGAAAGCCGUGAUGGAACAGUCUGGAGCCUGGGUGCAGCUGUCCCAGAAGCCAGAGGGCAUCAACCUGCAGGAGCGUGUGGUGACAGUCAGCGGGGAACCCGAGCAGGUGCACAAAGCCGUGAGCGCCAUCGUGCAGAAGGUACAGGAAGACCCCCAGAGCAGCAGCUGCCUCAACAUCAGCUACGCCAACGUGGCCGGCCCCGUGGCCAACUCCAACCCCACCGGCUCGCCGUACGCCAGCCCCGCAGACGUGCUGCCUGCUGCUGCCGCCGCCUCAGCUGCCGCCGCCUCUGGCCUCUUAGGCCCUGCAGGGUUGGCAGGUGUGGGUGCCUUUCCCGCUGCCCUGCCCGCCUUCUCGGGCACCGACCUGCUGGCCAUCAGCACGGCGCUUAACACGCUGGCCAGUUAUGGCUACAACACCAACUCCCUCGGCCUGGGCCUCAACUCGGCCGCAGCCUCCGGGGUCCUGGCCGCCGUGGCCGCUGGUGCAAACCCUGCUGCGGCCGCUGCUGCCAACCUCCUGGCUUCCUACGCGGGUGAGGCAGGGGCCGGGCCUGCCGGAGGGGCCGCCCCACCUCCGCCCCCGCCCCCCGGAGCCCUGGGGUCCUUUGCAUUGGCCGCGGCUGCCAACGGCUACCUCGGGGCCGGGGCAGGUGGAGGGGCAGGCGGAGGGGGUGGCCCGCUGGUGGCCGCGGCAGCCGCGGCAGGGGCCGCUGGGGGCUUCCUGACGGCAGAAAAGUUGGCAGCUGAGAGUGCCAAGGAGCUGGUGGAGAUUGCGGUGCCUGAGAACCUGGUGGGAGCCAUCCUGGGCAAGGGGGGCAAGACGUUGGUGGAGUACCAGGAGCUGACAGGCGCCCGCAUCCAGAUCUCCAAGAAGGGCGAGUUCCUGCCAGGCACGCGGAACCGGCGGGUCACCAUCACGGGCAGCCCCGCGGCCACGCAAGCCGCUCAAUACCUCAUCAGCCAGCGGGUCACCUACGAGCAGGGAGUGAGGGCCUCAAACCCCCAGAAAGUGGGAUGAGGCCUGUGGUGUAUGCUCCCGCCCUCCUCCCUGUCCCCCCUCCCCCUCCGCCCCCCUCUCCCCCCCAGCUCCUGACCUCAGCUCGGUGUGGUCCUCCUGGGGUGGGGCUGGGGUAGGCCUGACGGCACCCGCCCCCUACUGGUAGUCAUAGGCAGGAUCGAGAGAUGGCUGGGGGUGGGCCCAGAAGCUCCCUCCCCGGCCCUGAACGGACCCCUUCUUCCCUCCUCCCUAUGCUUGACUGGGCCUGACCCUCCUCUUCCAGGCCCCGGGUCUGUGUGAUAUCUGUAUAUAUUGCAUUUUGUUGAUUUUAAUAGAAAACAAAGCGUUAUUUUCUCUUUCUUUCCCUCCUUUUUUUUUUUUUCCUUUUUCUUUUCUUUCCUUUUUUUUUUUCCUUUUGUCUUUGGUAAGGAUUUUUCCCCCUUCAUAAGUUUUUGUUUCAGUAUGGGAGGGGAGGGAGCCUCUGGGUCACCUAGAAUGAGGGGCCUCCCCAAAACAACACCUCUCCUGCUUUCAGUUCCAGAUCUGAGGCAAGUGACGGGAGUAGAGGUAGCAGAGGUGUCUGAGCCAAAAUGAGGCAUCUGGAGUGGGAACCCCGGAGUUCCCAGAUUUUCUCAGCUACUCACCCCCCACCGGAGUUGCCCCUCCUAGAUGGGACGUUUCUCUUUGUUUGUUGUCAGGUUAUAUUUGGGGCGGGGUGCUGCUGGGAAGGAGACCAGCUCUGGGAUUGCGCCAGUCCCAUGGGCAAGACUGGCAAGACUUGUGAGAGGCUGGAACAACUUCCUGUAGCAUCCCCUGUGGCUUUUCCUAGAGUAAUGGGAAUGAUGUGAUGUCACAGGAAGUAGCUCCCCAGGGGUCACUUCCUGUGAUGAUAGGAAAGACAGGUACUUCCUCCGAUGUCUCAGUGAGCCUUCCUUGAGGGUUAUUUCAGUGACAUCAUGGGGGCAGGUACUUCCUGUAGUAUCUCCGGGCUCUUUCCUGUGAUGUCACUGGGAUAAAGCAUGCACUUCCUGAAUUGGGCCGUGGUCACUGACCUACCUUCCUCCAUC